CUCCAAACCACAUCUUCAACCAAACUCACAAACAAGAAGAAGAACCAUAACAAGAAAAAGAGAAGGAUUCUGCGUUGGAAACCACACAAGAACAUAGAGAGAUAAGACUUCUUGAUCUUCAAAAAGAAGAAUGGCGUAUGAGAAAGUCAACGAGCUUAACCUUAAGGACACAGAGCUUCGUCUUGGAUUACCUGGAACAGAACAAGUUAAAGAAGAACAAGACGUUUCUUGCGUUAGAAGCAACAAACGUCAACUACAAAGCGAUAACGAGGAAGAAUCGACUACACCUCCUGCAAAAACUCAAAUCGUCGGUUGGCCUCCGGUGAGAUCUUACCGUAAGAACAGCAACAACAACAACAGUGUUAGCUAUGUGAAAGUGAGUAUGGACGGAGCUCCAUACCUCCGUAAAAUAGAUCUCAAAACAUACAAAAACUAUGCAGAGCUUCUCAAGGCGUUGGAGAACAUGUUCAAGUUCACGAUCGGUGAAUACUGCGAAAGAGAAGGGUACAAAGGAUCUGAAGUUGUACCAACGUACGAGGAUAAAGAUGGAGACUGGAUGUUGGUUGGUGAUGUGCCAUGGGAUAUGUUCUCUUCCUCUUGUAAGAGACUCAGAAUCAUGAAAGGAUCUGAUGCUCUUGCUUUAGACUCUGCCCUAUGAUGAUGAUGAUGUUGAAGAGACUUCGAUGAGAGCUUUUGAUGAUUGAAACCCUUAUUUGAUUUGGAUCUGAUCGGUGUUUGAGUAGUUGACUACACCAUAAACAAAUCCUUCAGGGUUUUGUUCAAUGAGAUAGUUCCAUCUCCAAGUGAUUUUCUUUUUUUUUAUUUUUUAAUUUGGAGUUCCAUGUAAAGAAGAUACAUGAAUUUUUUUAAUGUAUAAUACGGACAUAUACACAAUAUAGAUGCAUAUGUAGCAAUGUUAUUGAGGAAAAAAUAGUCUUUAAUUUCGUUUUAAUAUCCAAAAUCA